AUGAAGACUUUAUUAUAUUAUUUGGUAUUCAAUGUCCUUCUGUUGGCCGUUUUACCAACGGGAUUUGCACAAACCAUACAUUAUUCAAACUUUACCUAUGAUGAAAUAUCUUACCAAGACAAUCUUACAGGAACCCCACCUCACGUCUUAGCUAUUAGACAUUAUCAAAGCAAUGAUAAUGUGGCAGUUAUUCGUGUCGGUCGAGUAAAUAAUAACAUUGGAACUAAUACAUGUUUUGAACAGAGAUUAUUGCUUCGCGUUCUUCAAGGCAACGGAAAUGUUAUUGAAAUAAAUUAUACUAAUACUAGCGAAAUACAAGAUAUCAAUUUUUGCUAUGUUGGAAGCAAGGAUCCUCUGAAUUUUUAUCCGUUAUUUGACCAAUACAUCUUAGUGACAUACACUCAUGCAACUAAUACUUCCGAUAAUACAACAUUUAUGGAUCGAGGAAUGGUUUUAAAUUGGAAUGGGACUGUUGCAAGUUUUAUCGAUUUUGGACCAUCUUAUUUGGAACCGGUCACCAAUAAUUGGCACCCAAAUGAAUAUUUCGCAAACAAUAUUAAUCCUCAAAGGGGAUUUUUUCGUUUAUCCGUGGUUAAUGGGACAAAUAAUUUCAAAUGGCAACAAUAUGCAUAUUUUCAACUUACUGUAAUUCAAUUCUUGAAUGGUGGAUAUGCAAUUAUCUAUGCUAACACGUCCAAUAAUAUUAUACCUUCCAAUAACGCGAAUAGCACGUUAGCAGCUAAAAUUACUCCGACUAGAGGAAUAUAUGCACUAAUCUUUAGUUAUAAUCAAACAAUAACACCUAAUAGAAUUAUUUUAUAUGAAUUACCACAACAGAAUCUAACAUUUAAUUCAUUAUAUUGUUCUGUUGACUUUGCUUCCAUUGGACAUUCAUGUAUUGCGUCCGUAGUGGGUACGCAAACUAUUCAAAAUUCAACCAACAUUACUACUAUAUUCACAACCACUACGACUCCCCCAGUUGGCACUCCCACUGUUGUACCAGGUCAACCUACUACAACCUACACCAAUGAAGUAUUUUUUGUGAAUAUACGUUUUCUUUCUUCAGGAUCCUUAAUAUCAUUAGACCUUACAAUUCCACUAUCCACCAGUGUAAUAAAUAUAAAUCUUGUGAAUCUUAGAACAUUGCCUUAUGGAGGAUACGUAAUAUUAUGGAGAUCUACUUCUGUACUUGCUGUAAAUUACAACUUUAGUAUUUAUGAUGAAAAUAAUCAACUAUCCAGUUAUUACUUUCCAAUAAAUCCAAUUAUCGCAAAUUUAGUUAGCGCAUUUGACAUUUUGCAAAAUAAUACAAUGUUAAUGGCGCAAAAUGAAUCAUUAAGCGCUUGGAAUAUUCUUUCAAUAACUAUGCCUAAACUUUCUCCUUAUAAUGAUAAUGGCUAUGGUAAUCUUCGUGUGAGCGCGACAUACCCUCCAAAUCAAUUAUUAAAUCAAAUAUCAUUAAAUAAUAAGGUUAUUAACAUAACAUUUGAAAAUCCUGUUACGUUUGGAUCUGGUUCUCUAAACAUUUUUAGUAUAGAUGGUACUCUUCGGCAGACACUUAAUAUGAAAAAUUGUGAUAGUAGCCAAUGUAAUGCUACUGGCAAUAUCAUCUCACUUAAUGUUUUUGAUUUUACUUUUAAUAAUCCGGAUGGCCAAUAUUUUAUACAAAUGGAUAAUAGUUUUGUAUUGGAUGCAAAAUACAACGAACCCUUGUUGGGAAUCGAACCGAGAAAGUGGAUAUUUCAAACAGGUGGUAUUCAAGGUGCACUACGAUUAACAGAUGAAGGAACUAUACAUUAUCAAAACUUGAGUUUCUCAGAUCAAUCUAACUUUAUCAAUACAUUACAAAAUGAACUCACACUCAUGAUUCCUACAGAACAAGGCAGAUUAUACUCGAUUAAUAAUAAUGUUCAAUAUGAUCCAAAUCAAAAAUCGAGAAUUUUUAUUUCGCUUUCUAUUAAAGGGGUAAAAUUUCAUCAAAAACUGUUUUCAACUGAUGUAAUGAAAUAUUUAAAUUUAUUAAUAACGAAUAAAGCAACGACGGGUAUAUCAACAGGAACUACCACAAAAUAUUUAGAUGCUUCUUAUGGAUAUCAAAAAAAUCUGGCCAAGAUGAGAACAAAACUGGAGGAUAAAGAUUUAGUAGAAAAUGUAGUCAUUCUCCAAUUUGGUGUUACCAUAUCUCGUUUUACCACCUAUAUAUUAUUUGUUAUUUUUGACUCUUCAACUAUUCCGUUUCUUUUUUUACCAAGGCCAGAGUUUGUCCAAUGGUUUGCGCUACAUGCAAGAGCUGCUGCUACCGUUGCAUUAAUAUCUGGAGCAAAUAUUGAUAUGUUAUUGUUAUUAAAGUCAUAUGUGAUGAAACUUGACCUUUUCAGGGCGCCAUUGUCCGAUAAAUCAUUGAAGAUAAUUUAUAUUGGAAGUUGCAUUAACAUAGUUUUGUUAGAUAUACCACAAUUUAUUAUACAGAUAAUAUUUCUUAGCUAUAGUGUCAUAUGGGAUCCUAUUCUAAUAUUCUCCUCCUUAGCGUCAGGUGUUUCUUUGCUUGCUAAUAUAAUAGGCAAGAUUCUUUUCUGGAUAUUUGGCGCACUUUCGCCCUAUAUUGACCAUUGGCAAAAGAAAAUGCCAGUAAAUGAUGUAAUUGAUAAUAAAUCCAAUAAUGUUUUAAAUGGUGAUAAAAUAGAAUGA